AUGGAAUAUCUCCCACCAGGAGGUGCUAUUAAAUAUGAGAUAUAUGAAACAGUAGCAAACUGCUCAGUAGUGAAAACCUACGAUACCUGUCCUGUCAAAUGUAAAUACGGAGGUAAAAUGUCGGACGAUGGGUCAUACAUACGAAACAUUACAUGUUUUCCGAAUGGGACAUAUACAGCCCUUCCUGUUUGUACAUGCAAACCUUUGGUUUUGCUUGAGGGUAUGCGGUUAAAUAAAUCGGCAAAUCUUGAUUGUGAUAGCAAGAAACCUAGAGAAAAUUGCUUCGUGGAAUGCACAGAAGGUUACACAGCAGCAUUCACUGACAAGUUUGAAUGUAUGGACACGACUAAAUGGCGUGGAUCGGGAUCCUGCCGUUACACCGGAAGCGAAAUACAUAUUUGCAAAAAGCUAGAUCUCGGCAGCGAACAUGCUAUCGAAGGACCCUGCGUGCCGAAACUGGUUGGAGAAUCAUGUACUCUGAAAUGCAUAUCUGGUGGCCCAUAUGUAGAUGGAGCCAUAUAUCACAGCGUAAUGUGCAUGGGCAUAAGAUUUUGGCGAGAGGCUCCGCACUGUACCUGCCCUUUACCUGUUUUAUCUGAUGGAUUGGAAUUGGAUGUGGAACGCAAUAAAGAUUGCUUGGGACGCAAACCGUUGGAAUUGUGUUAUGUGCGUUGUCGACCGGGUUUCAAAUUAAGAAGACCUGAGAAAAAUUUCAUCGAGUGCAUGCAUGAGGCCGAAUGGAGUACUGAUCCAUACGGAAUUUCGAGGGCUCAGUGUGAUUACGUGGGAUCUUCAAUAGGCUAUUGCGCACAGCCGACGCUUUCUGGAGCUCAAGAAUUAGCGAGCGAAUGUCUCUUGGGAUUCAAGGAUGAUUCAUGUGCAGUGAAAUGCAAAGCAGGCGCAACAUUUCAGGGCAAUAUAGUUUUUGGAUACACUAUAUGCUUGGGCAGAAACAUGUGGAGUAAAUUGCCUGCGUGUCACUGUCCUCCGGCAGAAAGUGUUGGUCUCUUCAAAGGCGGUUUAGAGCUUGAUAUUACGAAAAAUAAACACUGCAACGAUGUGGCUCCGAAUAAGUACUGUUAUGUAAAGUGCAAGAGGGAUUUCGCUUUGAGAGCUGGAGGAAGGGAGUACAUAGCUUGUGAAACCAAACGAAAUAGAAAUGUCUGGAACACUCCUCCCGUGUGCGAAUACAGAGGUGCCUUAGCCUCAUACUGCUUGCAACCUGUUUUGCCUCAAGCAUUGGAUUUCGACUCGGACUGUGCGCUGAUGAAGCCCGAAGAGUCAUGCCGUUUGAAAUGCAAAGGAGGUGGAAGGUUUCUUUCCGGAAAACAUUACAUUUCUAUUAAAUGCAAAGGUAAUAAUACGUGGGAAGAGUUGAUUGAUUUUAAAGACUGUGCCUGUCCGUCACCUCUCUUGACAGGUAGCGUAACUCUUAGAAAAGAUAUGAACAGCCAUUGUGACGGAGUAAGCCCUGGAGGGAAAUGUUGGUUGUCAUGCCUGCCUGGUUUUACUUUAAGAGGCCAUAAUUACACCGCGUGUACUUUUGAUGACACCGUACAGAAAGAUUAUGCCCUCUUCAAGUGGUCGCCUCUUCCUUACUGUGAUUACACUGGCCCGUUAGAGCAAUACUGCGCAAACCCUACUAUACCUACUGUGCUGGAAUUUGAGGGAGAAUGCAGUUUGAAAGGCGUGUCAGAGGCCUGUACUUUAAAAUGUAGACGUGGUGGAAGGUUUUUGAAAGAUGGCAAGCAGUUCGACUACAUUCAUUGUAUCAAGCAUGGCAAGUGGAACGAUCUCGUUGAUUUUAUUGGAUGCUCGUGCCCGCCACCAAAGUUAAACGAUCUACUAGCUAUUGACACUGACAUAAAUGCAGACUGCGACUUUGUCGCACCAGGGCAGUAUUGCUACUUGAAAUGUCCAGGAGAUCAUCAUGUGCGAGGCUAUAACUACAUCAAAUGUCUCUCGGAUAACACUUGGAGCUAUCAGCCCUCCUGCGCGAAGGGAGUGAAGACGUGUGUGAAUCCACCAGCUCUUCUACUCGGCCAAGCACUUCUGCCGGAGAGUGCCUGUUCCAACAAGAGACAGUACGAGACGUGCACGAUCGCCUGCUAUUCGAUCGCUGGAUGGUCCUACGUCACGCUCACCUGUUUCGGAGACGACGCGUGGUCUAAACCACCGAAAUGUCAGUGCCAGCCCCCCUCGCUCUCUUCUGCGGCGGUCGAUGAAACGCGGAAUCCAAAUGUUGACUGCAGGGAAUUGGCUCCUGGGAAUCAAUGCUGGCUGAAGUGUCCUCCAGGUCAGGCGUUCGAAGCCAACGACUACAUCGCUUGCCGAGCAGAUGAAGACGUCGGGUGGGAUCCAGAAUCUAGAUGCGUGCCCCUUUGCUCGCCCUUUCCUUUUCACCUCACGCAGGGCCUGGCACUGAACGAGCCUAACUGCGACCGCGUGCUCGAAGGACGAUCCUGUCGCCUGAGAUGUGAGCCGGGAUACGUGCUGAAUGGGAGAGCGUGGGCACUUUGCAGGAACGGAGAGUGGGUUGGAAUACCUUCUUGCGCUUGGGGAGGAUGA